GCCGCUCUCACAGAGGCAGAGGAGCGGACAGCAUCACCAGCGAUGCACGGUGAAGGAAAGAAACAGAGAAAUGUGGGAAAUGGAGACCAGCCUUCAUGUACUUUCUAGUGACUGACUGUGGAGCAGUAGAAUGGAUCAUUAUGAUAGCACCCUGAUGGUGUUUUUGGUAGAGAUAACCAGUGACAUUAUCUUCUCCCCUUCUCUGCCCUGAUGCUUUUUUCAGGCCGGUCUCUUUUGACCAGGAACUGCAAAGCAAAACGCUCAAGAAAUGACAUGUCUGAGACACGGCAUGUGACCGAGGUUGGAUCCCCCAAAAGACUGGGUACUACUGAUCGACAGACAGUUUUUCCUCAUUUUAGAUAGACAUUCAUGCACCAUACCCGGACCCCGUGGGAAGGGGACUGAAAUACGUUGAGCAGGUAUUUCCCUAAAAGGAUAUUAAGCUGUGGGAGCAUCUGAGGACUCACUCACUCAUGGGAAGAUGGAGGCAGGAGCAGAGGCGAGUCCACAGCAGCAUUCGAGGAAGAAACCUGUGCUGCAUGGCUUGGAGGACCAGAAAAAGAUCUACACAGACUGGGCCAACCAUUACCUUGCCAAGUCAGGACACAAGCGUCUGAUUAAGGACCUGCAAACGGAUGUUACAGACGGAGUACUGCUGGCUGAGAUUAUACAGGUCGUAGCCAAUGAGAAGAUUGGUGAGAUCAAUUGCUGCCCCAAGAGCCGUACUCAGAUGAUUGAGAACAUUGAUGCCUGCCUCAGUUUCCUGGCAGCCAAAGGAGUCAACAUCCAGGGCCUGUGUGCGGAGGAGAUUCGAAAUGGUAAUCUGAAAGCCAUCCUCGGCCUCUUCUUCAGCUUGUCCCGCUACAAGCAGCAGCAGCAGGCUCAUCGGCAGCCCUCUUUCCCACCCAAUGCCCAGUCCCAGAGCACACAUCCUCCGCUAAGCCAGCAGAGCAGUGCCCCAGCUCAGCUUAGCCACUCUCCGCAUGGGACUCCUGCCCUUACAGCCCAGAAAACUGUGCAGGGCGAGAUGCAGUCCAGGGAUGGAUCUCAGAGUAAACUACUCAAGUUUUCCCUUGGUCAGAAAAAAUCCUCUAGACUUCCUGGCCCCACUUCGAGGGUGUCCACUGCUGGCAGUGACAUCCCUCCAAGAGGCUCGGUCAGUGCCGCUGGUAACAGACGCAGCCAGGGCUUCAGUGACAAGACCAAAGCCAACUCACACCUGAACAAAGAUUCCUCAGAGGAUAUGACCACACAGCCUUCAGUGAUGACUGAGCAUGCUCUGUCGUCUGCGGUGACUGUCAACUCAUCCGCCAGCAUCCCCACUGCUACCUCCACCCUGAUUCCUCCGAUAUCCUCCUCCUCAUCCACAGCCAUUCCCCAGCCAAAUAGCAACAGCAAGCCAUGGAGGAGCAAGUCAAUGAGCUCCAAGCACACCUCGACUCCUCACUCCUCCACCAGCACCUCCACAUCUGCCCUGCAGACCAUCAAGCAGGAGAAAGAUACUUUCUGUAAAGCUGCAGCAGCAACUGAAGCUCCUCCCAAGGUUGUCACGCAGAAGUCAAUGCUGGAGAAGCUUAGGCUCUUCAACAGUAAAGGUGGCUCCAAAUCUUCCACCUCCUCCAAUGGAGUUGGUGCCCAGACUGACAACACUGCCCCAGCUAGGCUGCAUGGAGCAGGGCAGGUGGACAGAGUGGAGACUGCCUCCAACACUGAUUCACUGGAAGAGGUCGAUGGUAAUGUCAGGCCAGGAAUGAAUGGAACCAGCAAUGUGUUAGCAUCUGGAGCAACUCCCUCAGCAGGUAACACUGUCUCCAUAACUGCCAGCAGCCCCAAAAUCGCCCUGAGGGGCAUUGCCCAGCGCACUUUUAGCAGAGCUCUAACUGCUAAGAAGGGCUCUGUAAAAGGCCCAGAGAAAGACAAGGACAAGGGCAAAGAGAAGGAAAGAGGGAAAGAGGUGGGAAAACGCAUCUCAGUCCCCGACAGGACAGAGCUCAGGGGAGAUGACAUGAAGGAGGAAGUAUCACCUGUUGCUGUAGACACAGAGAGCUUGAACAAAAGGGCAUCUAAAAUUGCCAGUUUCAUUCCCAAGGGGGGUAAAGCGGUCAAAAAGGAGAAUUCCACACCUGCACAGAGUGGAAUACCAAAGCCAGGAGGCAAAGCCCCAGGAGUUGGGGGUAAGGCUUCCUCAGUGAAGGAGUCAGGGGAGAGGCCUCGGAGCAUGCGGUUAGGAGGGGGCCUCGCCAUGCACCGCGGACCUCUGGACAGAGACAGGGACAGCAGACACUCUAGCUCUACCUCCAGCCUGGCCUCCACAGAGGGCAAGACCAGCACUACCCCAGCAGGAGGCGGCACCACACAGAGCACAGCCAGUAACACAGUCAGUGUGCAGCUACCUCAGACUCAACAGCACCACAGCCACCCCAACAUGGCCACCGUCGCACCUUUCAUGUACAGAUCCCAAACAGAAGGGGAGGGAAGCGGGAACACUGAGUCCGGCUCAGGAGGAAGAGGUGGAGACGUUUCCUUUACCAAGACCAGCCAGCCCUCCAUCGACGACCUUUCAGGGGGGGGUGUUAACUCAGGUGAAGACCCAGAGACGAGGCGGUUACGAACUGUCAAAAACAUAGCAGACCUGCGGCAAAACCUGGAAGACACCAUGUCCAGCCUGCGAGGAACUCAGGUCACACACAGCACCUUGGAAACCACCUUUGACGGCAGCGUCACCACAGACAUCAGCAGUGGUGGCAGUAGUGGUAAUGGCAGCAACAACAGCAGUGGGGGUCGGAGCAUCCUCAGCCUCACUUCUUCCCGACCCUCCUUGUCUUCAUGGCGACUCGGCCAGUCCAGCCCUCGUUUGCAGGCAGGCGACGCCCCCUCGAUGGGGAACGGCUACAGUGGACGAGCGGUUGGCAGCCAGGGAGGACGGUACCUGUACCCCGGGCACCUUCGGCGGCAGCUGGCCGGCAGAGGGGGGGCACUUUGUAGCAUGGACAUUGGAGACAGAGCUGGGGAGGACAUCGACCUUGAAGGAAUCGCCAUGGAGGUCACUGGAUACAUGAGCGAUGGAGACGUGUUGAGCAAGAAUGCUGCUCGCACUGAUGAUGUCCCCAGUGGGUACAUGACUGACGGAGGUUUGGGUCUGUAUACACGUCGUCUGAACCGCCUGCCUGACAGCAUGGCUGCUGUUCGAGAGACACUCCACCGAAACACAUCGUCUGGACAGGGGGAUGCUGACAGCUGGGAUGACAGCAGCUCUGUGAGCAGUGGCAUCAGCGACAACGUUGACACAGAUGACAUCAAUACCAGCUCCUCCAUCUCCUCCUACACCAACACGCCCGCAGCACAGCGCAAGGGCCGCAACACACAGCCUGUGACAGAUGCAGAGAAGCACUCGGCCUCCACGGCGUUGCACCAGGCGUGGUCAGGAGACGAGGUGAAAAGGCCAGACUGCGGGUCAGACAGUGGGGUUAAGAUGGAGCCGGGCUCCAAGUGGAGCCACCGGAACCCCUCUGACAUCUCUGAUGAGUCUGACAAGGGCGGCUCAGGGAGGAAGACCCCCUCUGUGUCUCACACAGGAUCUUGGAGGAGAGGCAUGAGCACACAAGUGGGGGUGACAUCUCCACGCACUAAAAGCACCAGUAGCACAGGCUCAACAAGCUCCAUCAACCACAAAACCCACAGUUCAGGUAAAACAGAUGAUGUCAAGGUGUCAGAAAAAGGACGCGUUUCUCCUCGACCUAACUGCCUUCACCGCUCGCCCUCAGACGCCGGGCGCAGCAGUGGCGAUGAGACAAAAAAACAUUCAGCCUCUAACAGCCACACAUCUACAACAAACGCCCUCACACACACUGUCUCUGACCCCCACACUCACACUCACACACACACACUCACCUCCCGUGCCCCGACUAGCACUUUUGGUUUCAAGAAGCAGGGCACCGGAAUGGUUACCAUGGUUACAGCCAGCGGUGCCACCAUCACAAGUGGUUCAGCCACCUUGGGGAAGAUGCCCAAAUCUGCAACCCGCUCACUGGCAGGAGGCCUAAAAGCUGGCGGGCUGGACGCAGGGUCAGCACUGGGUCACCAUGAUGACAGCUUCCUUCCCAUGAGCGCUCGCUCCACUCUGCAGUACCGCAGCCUGCCGAGGCCGAGCCGCUCAGGAGCUGCUGCGCGCAAUGGAAACCGCUCUUCCACCAGCAGCAUCGAGGCUGCCGUACUCUCGAUCACGCCACACGGUAAAAACUCAAUAAGCUUCGCCAAGGCCAACAUCGCAGGAGGACUGUUGGCCAAUCAGACAGAUCGUGAGAAAGGCGUCUCUGAGAUUGACACGCUGAGGAGUGGAGGAGCAGCCACUGGUCCUCUGACAGGAAGACAGCAGGUCUCUUCACCUACAUUACGCAGGUUGUUUGGUGGGAAGACCAGUAAACAGGCUCCAGUCACCACAGCUGAAAACAUGAAGAACUCCACUGUUAUCUCCAACCCUCAUGCUACCAUGAACCAUGUGGCCACAGUGUCUGAGUCCCCUGAUGGAGGACUGGGUGGUGGGGACAGUGAGACCAGCAGCCCCCUGUUUGGAGGAAGAGCACUGGGAUCAGGGACCGGGACUCUGGGCAGCGAGCAGGCCUCCAGUCCUGGCUCAGUUUACUCCUCUACUGGCCCCUCAAACAGCCUGACAUGGGGCACCACCUUCAGCGGCUCCUCUGCCCAGAGCAGGGAGGGCACGCUGGGUGGGCAUGGUGGGACUGGCAGCAUGGGCUACCCGUCCGUCAGCAGCAUGCAUACCAGCAGCGAGUCCAUCGACAUGAGCCUUGGCAGUGCUGGAGGAGGCGGCGGCCAUGGGACCCACAGGGAGGACAUGCUGUCCGCACUGGGCCGCACCAGCAGCGUCAAGACUGGCAUGUCUGAGAGUCCCCUGUCCUCCCCCUCCGCUAGCCCUAUAUUCAGCCGAAACACGCUACCUCGGAAGCAGGACAGCGGGCCACAUUGUGGCAGAAACACUCUGCCUAAGAAGGGACUCAGGUACGGCCCAUCCCCACAGCUGAGAGGCCAAGAGGAAGCCCGCGAUUGGCUGCGUUCCCACUCCACCAGUGGGCUGCAGGACUCAGCCAGUAACUCUCCGUUCUCUCCAGGCUCCAGCCUCACCUCCCCCACAGGCACUCGCUUCACCUUCGGACAGCUCGCAUCCAGCCCGACCUCAGCAGCUCAGAUCAACCUUGCUGGUCUGCGGAACAACAGUCUGACCAAUCAGGACGUUGCUUUUGACCCUUGCAGCGACAAUCGGCUGAGAAACUCUUGCAUGUCGCUUGAUGACAAAACUCGCACCAUGAGUCGAUCGGGUUCUUUCAGGGAUGGCUUUGAGGAAGUUCACGGAUCAUCGCUGUCUCUGGUCUCCAGCACCUCCUCCAUUUACUCCACGAAUGAAGAGAAGUCUCAGUCAGAGAUCCGCAAGCUGCGCCGGGAGCUGGAUGCCUCACAGGAAAAGGUUUCCGCCCUGACGACACAACUGAGUGCCAACGCACACCUGGUGGCAGCAUUUGAACAGAGUCUGGGCAACAUGACUAUUAGACUGAAGAAUCUCACCCUCACAGCAGAGCAGAAGGACUCUGAGCUGAAUGAGUUGAGGAAGACCAUUGAGCUGCUGAAGAAGCAGAAUGCUGUUGCUCAGGCUGCCAUCAAUGGAGUCAUCAACACACCUGAACUCACAGGUGUAGACAGGACAGCUGGAACCAAUGGCAGUUCACAACAACAGCAACAGCAACAACAACAACAACAACAGCAACAACAACAGCAGCAGCAGCAGCAGCAGCAGCAGCACAAUCAGCAGCCAGACCUGCGUAUCAGGAGGCAGCACUCCUCAGACAGUGUCAGCAGCAUCGCCAGUGCAACCAGUCAUUCAAGUGUAGGCUCCAACAUGGACACUGACGCAAAGAACAAGAAGAAGAACAAGAAGAACUGGCUGCGGAGCUCCUUCAAACAAGCGUUCGGCAAGAAGAAAUCUCCAAAGUCAGCUUCUUCUCAUUCCGACAUCGAGGAGAUGACUGACUCUUCUCUGCCGUCCUCCCCCAAGCUGCCCCAUAAUGGCACCACAGCCACCAGCCAUAUGCUCAGGAACACACACUCCAACACACUAUUAUCAGACUGUCUGGAUGGGGAGGCAGAGACAGUGAUGCAGCUGCGUAGUGAGCUCAGGGAGAAGGAGAUGAAGCUGACUGAUAUCCGCCUGGAGGCACUCAGCUCCGCCCAUCAGCUGGAUCAGCUCCGGGAGGCUAUGAACCGCAUGCAGCUCGAGAUCGAGAAACUGAAGACAGAGAAUGACCGUCUGAAGCUGGAGAACCAGGGCAGCAGGGCGGGCUCCCAGGUCUCCAUCUCAUCUUCACCUCCCCCUCACACAAACAGCCAGACCCCCGGGCCUGGCCUGUCUCAGCACAGCCUCAACCUCACCACUAGUGAGUCCACCAGCCUAGACAUGCUGCUUGAUGACACUGGUGGAGAGGGAGGGAUGCGAAGGGAGGGGAGACAUGUCAAGAUCGUCGUCAGCUUGGAUGAGAACAGCAAGUGGGGAGAGGAGGGCCGGCCUCGCCAUUUUUUGAUUGGUUGCAUUGGCGUGAGCGGUAAAACCAAGUGGGAUGUUCUGGAUGGAGUGGUCCGCCGUCUUUUCAAGGAAUAUAUCACUCACGUGGACCCAGUGACUCAGCUGGGCCUGAGCUCAGACAGUGUGGAGGGAUACAACAUUGGAGAAAUCCACCGGUCCAGCAACCUCAGCGCUGCACAGACACCCGAGCUGCUGCCCUGUGGCUACCUGGUGGGAGACAGCAACACCAUCAGCAUCCAGCUUAAAGGUGUGACCAGUGAAAACGUGGACUCGCUGGUGUUUGACACUCUGGUCCCGAAGCCGAUGCUGCAGCGCUACGUCUCCCUGCUGAAGGAGCACAGGCGAGUCAUCCUGUCAGGCCCCACUGGCACCGGAAAGACUUACCUGGCCAAUCAGCUGUCUCGACACCUGCUGUUGCUGGAGGGCCGACCUUUGACUCCACACGCUGUUGUCACAUUUAACGUGGAUCACAAGUCCAGCAAAGAGCUGCGACAGUACCUGUCAGGUUUGGCUGAGCAGUGUAGUGGCAUGCUGGGGGUGGAGAGCCCUCUUGUGGUCAUUCUGGACAACUUGCAUCAUGUCAGCUCCCUGGGAGAGAUUUUUAAUGGCCUCUUCAACUGCAACUACCAGCACAGUCCCUAUAUCAUCGGCACCAUGAGCCAAGCUACAUCAUCUGCCCCCAACCUGCAGCUUCACCACAACUUCAGGUGGGUGCUGUGUGCCAACCACAUGGAGCCAGUGAAAGGCUUCCUUGGUCGCUACCUGAGGAGGAAGUUGAUCGAGACGGAGAUCGGCAGUCGAACGCGCAACAUAGAGCUGGUGAAGAUCCUCGACUGGAUCCCCCGGGUUUGGCAUCACCUGAACCGCUUCCUGGAGACACACAGCUCCUCUGAUGUCACUAUUGGACCUCGUCUUUUUCUGUCAUGUCCCAUGGAUGUGGAGGGGUCCAGGGUUUGGUUCACUGACCUCUGGAAUUACUCCAUCAUUCCCUACAUGCUGGAGGCUGUACGAGAAGGACUGCAGCUGUAUGGACGCAGGGCUGCGUGGGAAGAUCCAGCUGCCUGGGUGAUUGACACUUACCCAUGGUCGGCCACGCCCACCCCUGCUGAUUGGCCACCACUGUUGCAGCUCCGCCCAGAGGAUGUGGGAUUUGAUGGCUACUCUGCACCCCGAGAAGGAGUCAGGAAAGAGCCUACACAGAGCGACAGCGAUGCAGACCCACUGAUGAACAUGCUGAUGCGACUGAAGGAGGCAGCAACAUCGUCAAGCCCUCAGAGCUACGACAGUGACUCCAACAGCAACAGUCAUCAAGACGACAUCCUGGACUCGUCGCUGGAGUCAACCUUGUGAUGCCGUUAAAACACAACGCUGGGAUCUUUUUUCAGGAGAAGAUAAAUGUUCUGACUGAGAACUUCUUGAUGAAAGCAAACUUUCAUGCCACAAAAUCCAGCCACCUUAAUUUGGGUGCAGGAAACCCAAAUAAUAGCAUUUCACAAAAACAGGCAAACAAACGUUUCUACUGCACUGCGCUGUUUUUUUGUUUUUUUUUUGUUUUGUUUUAUUUUCACCUCGGUGGCCCAGGGCUCCUCUCAAGAGCCUGACAUCUUCAGACAGACGGAAAAAAAGCACACAGCCCUUCACUGUUGGAGAGGCAUUAUCAUUACCCUCGUCAUUUUCACCAUCAGCAUUUUCAAACACCAGGAAUCUUUCCUUUGCUGAGCAUCACCUCGAGCUCAACACACUGAGAUACUCAUUGUCCUGCUCAGCUGCAGUGCCUGUACUGCCUGAAGAUGGCGAUACAGUCAAUUAUCUCUGGAGCAUCAGUGAGGCUGCUGGAGGGAUGGACGAUCAACAGUCAAGCUUAUUUCUAGUUCUUCUCCUCUACAGCACAAGUUGCUUGUGUGACUACUGAAUAGAUUGAGCUAAAGUGAAUAAUAAGUCCCACACAAUGCCCACUCUCAUUUGCAAACAUUACUCAAAGACAUCCGUUUGAAACACUUCAUACAGUAAUGGUCAGUAAAAAUGUGUCCACGAAAUAUAAUUAAGAGAGCACAAAUAAAAAGGUUUUUACUAGAUACAUGCAAACCUGACUUUUUAAUAAAAAUAUCUGCAUUCAACACCCAUAGUGAAAAGAAACCAGAAAUGUGUCAAUAUACAAAAAAACACAAUAUUCACUUUGUCCCAAAGAACGAUGCAAAUUCUGUAGCAAAUGUCAAAAUGUUUGGGGAGAUAAAAAUCUCCAAAUGAAGACACGUUUUGGUCAGUUUAAUGUGAAAUCUCCCCACAGUCCUGCAGAAGCAUUUUCUUUUACAGUCCACAUUAUAUGGCACAUUCCAUCCAGGUCCCCAGUGAUGGUUACAUUCCGCCUCAUAGCAGAGAAACCAUUGUUCUACCAAAAGUAGGAGUCUCUGAGAUCAGUUUUAUUUGUGAAAAAAUUCAAGCUUACUGGAAAUAAACAGCUUUUUCUUCUGCAGUACAACAUCUGUGUUCAAUUUUAAAACGCAAUGCAAGAGCAAAAAAAUGAAUGUACAAAAUCCCUAGAAAAUACUUCGAUCUCACAGAAACAAAGACUUUGCAGAGGAAGGAUAUUGACACUUUGGCUUGAUUUGUCCUUGUAACGUAAACAGUAUUUGAGAUCAUGUAUUUUUGUUUCAUAACUUUCUGUGCAAUUUUACAAACAAUGCCUCCAACGCUUCUGUUUUUGCUUUAACCCUGUAUGUAUUGAGAUCUCCAUGCACAUGUGGCCCAACAGGCUGUUGUAGCACAAAUGUCUUUUGGUGCUGGACUGAAUUCUAACAAAACAAUGCCUUACUAUUUUCUAACAGACUUUGUGCAUUAACAGAAACUUUUUUAUGUCUAAAUAGCUGUAGAUUUAACAGGGCUCCAAGUCGACUCUCUCUUUGAGCACCUCGAGGAGCAGUGUUGACCUCUUAUAUCAAACACCAAUGCUGUGGGAUUGAGGAUACAUGAAUGAGAAGCAGUAAUCUGGGUUUCAACGUUAAUUGUAUGCAUGUGGGACCCAGGUGAUGAGAAGCUGAUGUAAAUAUUUGGACCAUAAGCAGGAAUGGAAAAAAAACAAAAACAUAUAGAUGUGUUUUGGUGCUUGAAAUCAGAACUUUUGGAAAGCUGACGAGGGAAGUUUAAGAUGUGCUGAAUUUAUACCUCAUCCCUAUCCUUAAACUAUGCUUUCGUCAAGCUCAUUGUUUGUUUUGAUUAUGUGAUUUGUGAUGAGCAAAACUGUCAAAUUAAGUGAAAGUGAGUGUAUAUGCUGCUUUGUUUAUAGUGAUAUAAUUAAUCAGAGGUUAAAGAUAUAAAAAAAAAGGUACUUGUAGUUGAAUGAUAAGUAUAAGGGUUGACAUCAUUUCUAUGGCUUCAAAAAUAAAGGUAUUGUACUAUUUCCUUUAUUUUAUACCUUUCAAUCUGCCUCGUGAGAAGGGCAGACAGGCGUUUAAAGUGGGGGGUUGAGUAGUUCAGUGCAGCUCGUAUCACGUUCAGUGUUUUUGUCACCAAUGCUAUGCAACAUACAUUCUGAUUUCAGAAUGGAAGCCGAAAGCUCAAUGUGCUCAAUUUGUCCCCCGAGCAGAAAUUCAGCACUGCCGAGUCGUUCAGCGUGGAACAAGAUUUGUGAAGACUUUUUUUGGAUUGUAAACCAUCGAGGCUCAACUGCUGUAAGCACAAUGAGACUGAACCUGUUUGUGUUGUGAAAAGCCUGCUCUUUAGCGAGUGGUGCGGAUGUUCUUGAAGCAUUUGACCAGUCUGUCUAUUACUCAUAAACUCAAUGAAUGUUUAGCCUUCUUUGCUAUGUACAUUUUUUAUGUGUAACAUAACUGUAAAUAGUUGGUUACAGUUUUGAUGACUUUUUUCUAGACAAUUUGUUACAGUACUUGAAAAAGAGUAUUUUGUGUACAGUCUCUUUACAUCAGAGCAGAUUGAUGCCGUUUGUCAUCACUGGUCUGUCCAGGGCUCGGAGAUUUAAAUCUGAUAUCACUGUACUAGUCUUAAAUUAUUGUGAUUCAAUAAAAAUAAUGAUUAUUUAUGAUUUCAA